AUGGCAUCUUUCAACCUCACCCACUCUGACCCUUCAACAUUCAUCCUUAUGGGCAUCCCUGGCCUGGAAGCUGCCCAUAUCCUGAUUUCCAUCCCUUUAUCUAUGUUCUACAUUAUCAGCCUGUUGGGAAAUUUCGUGGUUCUGUUUGUUGUAGUGAAAGAGCAGACCCUACACAAGCCAAUGUACCUGCUGCUCUGCAUGCUGGCGCUCACAGACAUCAGCAUGUCUAGCUCUGUCAUACCGAAGGCACUGUGUAUAUUUUGGUUCAAUCUGAAAGGCAUUACUGUGGAUGGCUGCCUCACCCAGAUGUUCUUCCUUCAUGUGGUUUCUGUUAUGCACUCAUCUAUCCUUGUGACAAUGGCCUUCGAUCGCUACAUUGCCAUAUGUAACCCUCUGAGAUAUGCCACCAUCCUCACCAACGCACGAAUAGCUAAGCUUGGGAUAGUGGGUUUGAUAAGAGCUGUUCUCUUCAUUCUGCCCCUGCCCCUGCUCCUGAAGAGGCAGCCAUUCUGUACCAACUGCAUUAUCCCCCACAUGUACUGCGAGCACAUAGCUGUGGCGAAGAUAUUCACAGGGGACAUCACAGUCAACAAGAUGUAUGGCUUGGUGAUAGCUGUUACAGUUAUCGGGUUAGACCUGAUGCUCAUUGCCCUGUCCUACGGUCUCGUCAUCAGGGCCAUCCUCAGAAUCUCCACCAAGAAAGCCCACCAGAAAGCACUCAACACCUGUACAGCCCACAUCUGUGUGAUGCUGAUGUCUUAUACUCCCUCCCUCUUCUCCAAGUUGACACACCGGUUCAGUCAGGGCAUCGCUCCCCACGUUCACAUCAUCUUGGCCAACCUCUAUCUCCUCAUUCCCCCCAUGCUCAAUCCUAUCAUUUAUGGGGUCAAAACCAAAGAGCUUCAUGACAAAGUGGUCAAGUACAUCUGCAGAAGGUGA